GUGGCCCCAAGAGGCCCCGGGCCGGCGGCGGCUGUGGCAAUGGCUGGGGGGCCAGGCCCGGGGGAGCCCGCGGUUCCCGGCGCCCAGCACUUCUUGUAUGAGGUUCCGCCCUGGGUCAUGUGCCGAUUCUACAAAGUGAUGGACGCCCUGGAACCCGCUGACUGGUGCCAGUUCGCGGCCCUGAUCGUACGCGACCAGACAGAGCUGCGGCUGUGCGAGCGCUCCGAGCAGCGCACCGCCAGCGUCCUGUGGCCCUGGAUCAACCGCAACGCGCGCGUGGCCGACCUCGUGCACAUCCUCACGCACCUGCAGCUGCUGCGCGCACGGGAUAUCAUCACGUCUUGGCACCCUUCCACCCCUCUUCCAUCCCCCAGCACCACUGUCCCGAUGCCCAGCAAGAACUCUGAACCCUUUAAGGCCGAGGCCUGGAGCCCCCGGAAGUUGCAUUCCUCAGCCUCCACCCUCCCCUCCCCAGCUUUUCCAGGCUCCCAGAUUCAUUCAGGUCCUGAGCUCUUCCCUGUUCCAAGCCCUUCUACUGUCCAGCCACCACUGCUGUCUCCAGCCCCUUCCUCUACCAAGCUAAUUCCAAAGAACACAGUGUCCCUACUGCAGGGGGCCCACUCCUCCCCAUUCUGCUGGCCCCUCUGUGAGAUUUCCCAGGGAACCCGCAACUUCUCUGAGGAGCUCAGGAUUGGGGAGGGCGGCUUUGGGUGUGUGUACCAGGCAGUGAUGAGGAAUACAACUUAUGCCGUGAAGAGGCUGAAAGAGGAGUCUGACCUAGAGUGGACUGUGGUGAAGCAGAGCUUCCUGACUGAGGUGAAACAGCUAUCAAGGUUUCGUCACCCAAAUAUUGUGGACUUUGCUGGCUACUGUGCUGAGAGUGGCUUCUACUGCCUUGUCUACGGGUUCCUACCCAAUGGCUCCCUAGAAGACCGUCUCCACUUCCAGGCUGAAGCCUGCCCUCCUCUCUCCUGGACUCAGCGACUAGACAUCCUUCUGGGCACAGCCCGGGCCAUUCAGUUUUUACAUCAGGACAGCCCCAGCCUAAUCCACGGAGACAUCAAGAGUUCUAAUGUCCUUCUGGAUGAGAGACUGAUGCCCAAGCUGGGAGACUUUGGCCUGGCCCGUUUCAGCCGCUUUGCAGGGACCAACCCUGGCCAGAGCAGUGCUGUGGCCCGGACACACACUGUGCGGGGCACCCUGGCUUACCUGCCUGAGGAGUACAUCAAGACGGGCCGGCUGGCCGUGGACACUGACACCUUCAGCUUUGGGGUGGUAGUGCUGGAGACCCUGGCUGGCCAGAGGGCUGUGAGGACACAUGGAGCCAGGACCAAAUAUCUGAAAGACCUGAUUGAAGAUGAGGCUGAAGAGGCUGGAGUGGCCCUGAAAAGCACCCAGACCACUCUCCAAGGAGGUGCAACCACAGAUGCCUGGGCUGCUCCCAUCGCUGCCCAGAUUUAUAAGAAGCACCUGGACCCCAGGCCUGGGCCGUGCCUGCCCCAGCUGGGCCUGGCCCUGGGUCAGGUGGCUUGCUGCUGCCUGCACCGGCGGGCCAAGAAGAGACCCCCCAUGACCCAGGUGUACAAGAGGCUGGAGAAGCUGCAGGAAGCAGUGGCAGGGCCUACUUGGGAACCAGAAGCUGCCAACCCUAGCCCUCCUUCCCCACAGGAGAACUCCUAUGUGUCUACCACUGGCAGUGUCCAGAGUGGGGGUGUCCCAUGGCAGCCCCUGGCAAUGCCCUCACAAGCCCCAGCCCAGGCUGCCCAGCAGCUCCUGAAAAGCCCCAACCAGCCUGUGGAGAGCGACGAGAGUAUAUCCGGCCUCUCUGCUGCCCUGCACUCCUGGCACUUGUCCCCAAGCUGCCCCUCAGGCCCAGCACCCCUCAAAGAGGCUGGCUGUACUCAGGGGGACACCGCUGGAGAGUCAAGCUGGGGGAGUGGCCCAGGCCUUCGGCCCACAUGCAUGGAAGGAUCACCCCUGGGCAACUCUGCCUUAUCCUCGUCAUCGUCAGAGCCACCGCAGAUCAUCAUCAACCCAGCCCGACAGAAAAUGGUGCAGAAGCUGGCCCUGUAUGAGGAUGGGGUCCUGGACAGCCUGCAGCUGCUGUCAUCAAGCUCUGUCCCAGGCUUGGACCUGGAACAUGAAAACAGACAGGGACCUGAAGAGAGUGACGAAUUUCAGAGCUGAUUUGUCCACCUGGGCAGAUCCCCCAGACCCAGAAGUCAAAGUUCUCAUGGUUGGAAGUUCUCAUUGCACAUGACCCUCUCAGCAGCCUACAGGCAGCAGGGGUGGGGACCUGUCGUGGCAGGGAAGACUGGGUGGUGGCCCCUGCAGCUCAGGGGGUGUGGGCAGAGGCAGAGCCAGGAGGGCUGCUGGAAGCCACUGAUAGGACAAAACAUCUCGGAAGCCUUCCUUCAGUCCAUCACUUGGGGUCAAGGCAAGCAGAUAUCAUCUAAGGGGUGGGCUGGUGUAUAUUGAAAGGCUGCCAGCUGAACAGGCUAGUGGCCAGAGUCAAGUGGGACUGCUGUUGCAGUGGGAGCUGGCUCCCUUGGGCAUCUGCAGCAGCCCUUAACCCAUCUCUGGACUUUCCUAAAACUCUGAGGAAAAGCAGCCAUUCUACACAACAAAGCCGGUGAGGCCUGGGGCCCUCCCAGUCACUGGUAAUUUGGAAAAGAAAGUAUGGCUAUCUUGUGGUUCAGUCCACUAGUAGAGGCAAGAGAGUUCUAAAAUCCCAGAGAAUCUAGCAGUGCCCCCUGCCUUGGGCUCGUGUCUGCAGGCUGCCCUGGAGAGCCAUGAGCUAGCCUAAUGUGACCACCUGCUAGCCAGACCACCCCUAGGCACCGCAGAUGGGCUCCAAGCCCAGUCAGACUCCAGAGACCAAAGUGUCAGCCUCAGGCCCAGGCACUGGUCGUGGCAGAGAGGCUGCUACCCAAGGUCUGGCAAGGCUAAGCCCUGUGUCACCCAGACAGAAGCCCCAAGUAAGCAGGAAGUUGGGGAUGAGGCAGAAAGGGAAGAGCAAUAUUUUGGGGAAAAAGAAAAUGUGACUCACAUUUUUAAAAGCAAGUCAGGUUUUGUGCAACUAAAUGUCCUCUUCAAAAGUAGCCCAGGGCUGUAGCACAGGCUUACAGUGAUUUUGUAUUCACAUUCAUGAGUCACACUACAUGCCCCCAUAAAGCUAGGCAUUGGUGAAGUCCAAGUUGUCCUUGCAUAAUAAAAACUUACCUUUCAAUAUC